AACCGCACCUGUACCUGUAGGCUGUGGCAGUACUGAUUUAAUUUUACCGGGCCAAGACAAAAGGGACUGACAUCUCUUCUAACUUUUGAAAUAUUGCCAUCAUGCGGUUGAAAUUGUGCAUGCAUGGUUUGCCGAUUAGACUCCGCCUACUUCUCACAGUUCACUACCUUUCAUUGGAUAAAUCACAAGGCAGUUGGGGAUACGUCAUGCGAAUGAGCGAUGCCCAUUGGUUAUUUUGAACAGCCGCGGCUUUUACAACAUUAUCAACAUCGAUAUAUCCGCUAUAUGCUAUCCAUGCAAUUCAGUUUACACGCAAUAUUUGAUGCAGCUACACGUUACGACUCACUCUUUGACUCAACUCGCCGAUCAAAGUAACGUUAGAAUUUCAAGUUUUCUGACUCUACACGUAACAAUAGAGGAGUUUAACUAUAGAGACCCAUUUUUAUCCUGUUGGACUGUGUGUGAUUUCAUUCUGAAAUAAUGGAAGAUUUUAUCAAGAUAGAAAAGUUGGGUGAAGGUACAUAUGGUGUUGUAUACAAGGGCAGACACAAAAAGACUGGAAAGAUUGUUGCUCUGAAGAAGAUUCGAUUGGAGAGUGAAGAGGAAGGGGUUCCCAGUACUGCCAUCAGGGAAAUAUCGUUACUUAGAGAGCUCGACUCUCAUCCAAAUAUUGUUCUAUUGGAAGAUGUUCUAAUGGAACCCCAGAGGCUCUAUCUAGUCUUUGAAUACCUAACAAUGGAUCUAAAGAAAUAUAUGGAAUCACUUAAAGGAAAACAGAUGGAUCCAGCACUUGUCAAGAGCUACCUUCAUCAGAUGGUUGAUGGUAUCAAAUUCUGCCACUGUCGUCGUAUCCUACACAGAGAUCUCAAACCUCAGAACCUCCUUAUAGACAACAACGGUACAAUAAAACUGGCAGAUUUUGGGCUUGCAAGAGCAUUUGGUAUUCCAGUCAGAGUUUAUACACAUGAAGUGGUCACACUAUGGUAUCGCGCUCCUGAGGUCCUUCUAGGGGCCACGAAGUACGCCUGCCCCGUUGACAUGUGGAGUUUGGGUUGCAUCUUCGCUGAAAUGGUCACCAAGAGACCCCUCUUCCACGGCGACUCUGAAAUCGAUCAACUCUUCAGGAUAUUCAGAACACUUGGUACACCGACCGAGGAAACAUGGCCUGGAGUAACCCAACUCCAGGACUAUAAACCUACCUUCCCAAUGUGGAACGAACCAAACCUCAAAGGCGCAGUCAAAGGCAUGGGUGCUGAAGGAUUAGACCUUCUGAAGAGAAUGCUGAUAUACGACCCUUCCAAGCGCAUCACAGCCAAAGCCAGUAUGAAUCAUCCAUACUUCAAUGACCUCCCAGACCGCAUUAUUCCCAUCAGGAGUUAGGCUUCAAAAUUCCUUUCUAUAUCUUCUUAAAGAAAAAGGACUUUGUAACAUGGCAAAAUGUGGACCGAUGCUCGUGGAUGCGAUGUGUUUAUUCCAAACAUGUUUGGUCUGUGUUCUGCCUGGUAAUAUAUUCAUCAUGUGAUGUUUGCGUUGGAUCGCAAAUUAAUGGAAGUCCAGCCUGACCAGUUGGUUUGAGACAUAUACAUACUGCUAUCACCGUGUCUGGUUUGGGGCAUUGUUGAAUCAAAUUUCAGUCAUAGUAUUUUUUGUUGUUUUCAUUUACUUUGAAGUAGUAUUAUUGAUAAUUUUUUGUUUCCCUUCUGUGGAUAAUUUAUAUUAAUUUGUUAUUUUGGUAUUUAACGUUUAUGUUAUUGAUUCUUUUCCUAGGUUUUGAUAAUUUUGGGGGGUUUUUGCCGGGGAGGGAUUCAAUGUUGCAAAAUUAAUUUUUCAGCUGGAAACAGAAUAAAACCUUGAAUUGUGUAAUGGAUAGUGAUGCUGCAAGCUUCUUUGUCAAUUUGUGUUCAUGUUAGUUUGGGCCAUGUGGUAUACAUGCUCCCCCAUAUUUGAAUCGUGAACAAAAAAUGAUGUCAAUGUUGUAAGCAGUUUUAAGAUGUGGUACAGUUUACAAUGUAAUGUCUGGUUUCAAGAUUUGUAAAUACUGCCAAUGGCAUAUAUUCGUGCAAGUGUUAAAUGAAAGAGACUGUCAUUUGUGUUCACCCGAGGGCUAGUCAUGAGUUUUUUUAGGAAAUGCACUUCAUUUGUGCAUCUGUCAUGCACAUUUCAACUUCAAUUUGAAAAGUGUUUGAAAGUCAUCUUGCCACUUCAGCAUGUGAAUGGGUACUGUGGUCUCAAAAUGCUUCCUUUUCUCAAAACUCGAAUGAUAACUUGACUAUGGAAAGCCAAUGGGUACUUUUCUAUAUGUGAUGGAAAAUUUUAUCAAAGUAUCAAUUUUAUCUCCUUUUCUAUCAUUGUUAAAGAUUCUCAAUAACUAUGGCAAGUGUACUUUGCUUUUAAAAAUGUGGUGUUAUUGUAUCCAAAUAACAAGCAGGUUAAUUGAUUUUCAAUUUUGUCGGGAAUGUUUUUGUUUUUUUGUGUGUUCCACUUGACUUUCUGUAGUUUUGACUUACAUUUAUUGCUUGUAAAACACCUCAACUCAGUUCUGUCCCAGCCCUGGGGCUCGUUUCAUAAAACUUGUUAUAAUAACAUAUUUACAAUAACAGUUAAAGCUACUGAAAUCCUUCAAUCUGAUUGGCUGAUAGUAAAUUUGUUAUUAAAAUUGUGCAUUUGUAAGCAUAACAAAUCCAUAUGAAACGGAGCCUGGAUAUGUUGAAUACUGCAAUGUUGUGUAUGAAUGCGAGCUGAGAAAGUGAGAUAUAUUAAAGAAUGUACAUGAAGAUGAAAAAGUGGUAUUGUCGUCUUGACAUGUUUAUUACUGUGCUUUGUCCUUCAAGUUCUUCAACAUCCCCCAACAUGUACAAUGAGCAUUCCAUAAUACAACAAUAAAUACUUAAUUAAAUCUAGGUGUUUUUCCCCAAGACCAAGCUUGACUGAACCUGCAUGUACAUGUAUCUAUGGCAGGCCAUCUAUGCCACUUUGCACUUAACUUUCACAGUGAAAGCGGACAGGCCUGCCAUGGUUAAGUAUGAUCAGUCAUUUUAACUCUUUGUGAAAUGUCUCUCGUGUGUAUUUUUUUUUAAUAUGAAGAAUCACAAUGUAUGUAAAUUUCAUGUACAUGUAUUGUAAUCAUUUUAUUCUGAUGAUGCAAUCUGUGACAGUACCAACUUAGCUACUCAUAUAUUUGUACAUAUAUCCAUCUUGUACUAUUUGAAGAACAUCAAAUUUUGUCAAGUAAUUGAAAUAGUUGUAAAUAAAAUCAAAUUGUUCAGAGAGAAAUAUUUCAAA